AGCGGCCGCCCAAUCACCGCUCUCCAACCCAACAGCGCAACAGCCCAGCUUGCAAUCCGCGCGAGGUCGCUGCAGCCCAACUGUCCGCCGUUCCUCGCAACGGCUGUGCCUGACAGAUUCGUGUCGUCCCUAUGCAUAUGGUCCGGCUUAGCGUAUGGCACCGUGCAAUCCCCCGCUCUCGACUGCCCCCUCGUUCCGCGAGCCAUCGCCCGACUGGGAGUCUCCGGCUUCCCAGAACCCAACCGUUUGAGAAUGGGAGCCUGUCGUGGAGAGCAGCACGGCCUCUGAGCAGCCAAACACCUGCGGAUGCUCAAGGCCGUCAGAAAUUCGUUCCACUUCGCAAGGAACUAAAAGACACGGCCAAAGCAAAGCGGUUGGCAAAGGGGCAACAGAGUCGGAAUGGCAUCGCCAAAGCUACUCGGGACGAUUGGGAGUUAACGGUGGGAAUUGAGGUGCAUGCGCAAUUGGACACUGAUUCAAAGCUCUUUUCACGUGCGUCUGCCUACCUUGACGAUGCGCCGAAUUCAAAUGUCGCGCUUUUCGACCUGGCGUUUCCAGGCAGUCAACCAUCGUUUCAACCGGCAACGUUGAUACCUGCACUGCGUGCUGCUAUCGCCUUCAAUUGCGAUAUCCAGCGAGUCAGCAGCUUUGACCGGAAACACUACUUCUACCAGGACCAACCGGCCGGCUAUCAGAUAACACAGUACUAUGACCCCUACGCAAGGAACGGCAUCCUCCGUCUAUACAAGCAUGAUGGAAUCGCCCCAGAAGACGGAGACUGCGUUGAAAUAGGCAUCAAACAGAUUCAGAUGGAGCAGGACACCGCCAAAUCCCAAGAACUCCCCUCGCACACCUACCUCCUUGACUUUAAUCGUGUGUCCCGGCCACUCAUCGAGAUUAUCACUUUGCCACAGAUCCACUCGCCCGCCACGGCUGCGGCAUGCGUUAAAAAGAUCCAGGCGAUCCUACAAUCGUGUGGUGCAGUCACGACGGGAAUGGAAAUGGGAGGCCUGCGUGCCGAUGUCAACGUCUCCGUUCGCAAGCACGAUUCUGCAGCUGGCACGCACAGAUACCAGGGAAUAAUGGGACUGGGCCAGCGAACAGAAAUCAAAAACCUGAGCAGCUUCAAAGCUGUUGAGGAUGCAAUCAUCGCGGAGAGAGACCGCCAAAUCGCGGUGCUCAAAGCCGGUGGGACCAUUGAGGGAGAGACACGAGGAUGGACACUUGGCAGCACGGAAACCAGAAAGCUACGAGGGAAAGAGGGAGAGGUGGAUUAUCGGUACAUGCCAGAUCCUGAUCUAGGACCUGUGGUCAUUGGUGAAGACGUGCUGCUUGAACUUCACGAUACCAUGCCACCGCUGCCCGAUGACAUAUUCAAAACACUCACGGAGGACCCACAGUACGGCCUCUCGGCUGAGGAUGCUAAGACCUUGUUGGAGCUGGAUGAUGGCACCCGACUGGAUUACUAUCAAGAUGCAGUCGAUAUGCUUAAUUCCUUCCAGGCCGAAAACCCAGCGACCGUGAAAGGGUUUGCUGGGGGGAAAAUGCUCGGAAAUUGGGUCCUGCACGAGCUGGGCGGCUUAUUUAGUAAAUACGAGCUUCCAUGGGAUCCAAACCGCGUCUCGGGACAGGCCCUGGCGGAGAUAGUCCAUCUCCUAUCCAGGAAAGCAAUCACCGGGACCACCGCCAAAUCCCUUCUCGCAACAGUGUUUGAUGGAGACACUAGGGCAAUUCAGCAGAUUGUGGAUGAAGAAGAUUUAUCAUUCAAGCCACUGUCACGAGCAGAGUAUAUUGCUCUAGCGGAAAGUAUAAUCCAGAACAAUCCGGAGACAGCAAGGGAGAUUCGCGAGAAUGGAAAGGUGGGUAAGAUCGGCUGGUUUCUGGGCCAGAUGAUGCGACUGGGUGACAAGGGAAGGGUGGAAGCACCCAGAGCUCGGAAGAUCCUAGAGGAGCUUCUGCGAUAAUAAUGGGCCCGUCUUCCACCUCCCGGAAUAUCAUGUGUAUUCAUACCUGUACGAUAGUUUCUCCAAAAGAAAUCAAAAACAGUAAAUUUUCUCAA